UAUUCAAAUCUCAAAACUAGACUAAAUCCCCAUAGUGGUCCCCCAGAUUCAGCCCGUGCACCAAUUUUGCCCCUGAGAUUCCAAUUGCACUGUUUAUGUCCCCCAGAUUCCGAUUCGAGCACCUUAAUGGUCCUUCGAAGAUUUUCCGGCGUGACUCAGCGACGGCGUUGCUUAUGUGGCACAGCCACUGCCACGUUGGAGAGUCAGAACGACGUCAUUUCAUGGGGCAAAAUGAUUGAAAGCCCACACGUCGCCGUUUUGAUCACAGUGAGAGUAGUAGUAACUUGGGCAAAAGGUUUGGUAUUCGUUACGUCUUCUCCUCCAUAUUUUCUCACCUCUCUCAACGCUUGGUCUCCUCCUCCAUAAGCAGUAGCGACAGGCAAGGGCACUGCUGCCUGGUUUCUUAACAUUGCUGUACUGAACUUGGGGGAAGGUUCGUGGUUCACCAUUGAAGCAUCGACUGAAGAACCGUUUAAGCUAGCUUCAAGAUGAACGCCGAAUUGUUAGACAUAAUGUUUCAUCAUGGGGGAAAUUUUGAGAGGGGGAAGGAUGGGAGAUGGACAUACACACCUGACAAUAGGCAUUGUUUGGGUGAUCUGGAUGUGGACAGGUUGGAUGUAUUAUACCUGAGAAAUUACUUCAAAGAGCUAGGCUAUGAGACCAUGAAGGAAGUUUGGUGGCAGGUCCCUGGGAUGAGCCUGGAAGUAGGUUUGAGGCGUUUAGACUCUGAUAAUGAGUUGAGAGAGCUAUGUUCUCAUGGUGGAAAGAACAAUGGGGUAGUGGAUGUCUACAUUGAACAUGGCAUUUCAGAACCUGAAAUAGUACAAGGAGAGGAUGUUGUUGUGCAUGUUGAUGACGAGGUGAGGGAUCUUGGAGAGCAAGCCAAGUCAAAUGCCAGGAUGGUGAAAGACCCCCCUGUCAAACCUACCACCGAGAAGGACCAUCCUAGGAGUUUAAGCAUGGUAACAUACAAGCCCCAAGCUAAAGAGGCGUUACUGAAGAAGAGCAAUGUGAAUUCUAACAUGGAGUCCCAGCCUAAGCCUAAGUCAAAGUGUAAGCCUAAGACAGUUCCCAAACCCAAACCCAUACCCACACAGAACAAUGUCACCAGGACUAGGAGAUACUGUCUGAAGUCUUCAGGGAAAGGUUUUUCAAAAGCAAAGAGAAAUGGAGGUGACCAUGUUAUUUUAUCAUCUGACUCAGACUCUUAUGACAGCUACGAGAGUGCUGAGGACGAGGCCUAUAAGCCACAAGAGCCGGAUGAUAGCUCAGAUGAAUCGGGCAUUGGAUAUACUGUUCCUUCACAGAAGAAGAAAGUCAAGAAACCCAAUGCAAGGAAGAAGGUCCAGGCUGAGAGUGGAAAGGAAAAAGGGAAGGCCAAGGUCUGUGUUGAUGAUGAUGGAUUUGUGGAAGACGUUUCUGAUGAAGAUGUGGACAUUGGAUUUGUGGGGGGAGGUAUAAAGGGGGAUAACCAUGAUGCUUUUGAUCCAGGGUCAGAAUCGGAUGGUGGCAAUUCGUGGCACUCUUUGGAGAUGAAAACACCACCUAAUUCAGAGGAUGAGCUGGUUGGAGAAGAAAGUUCAGAGGAGGUAUUUCCGGUGUUUAGACAUGGUGCUAGGUUCGGGGAACUACAUUUAGAAGUCGGGAUGAAGUUCAAUACUAAGUGGGAGUUCAAGGAGGCAGUGAGGGAGUUCACUAUACAAGAAGGGAGACGGAUGAGGUUUAGGAAGAAUGAUGGUAAAAGGGUGAGGGCAGUAUGUAAGGUGAAGGAUUGCAAGUGGGUUGUAUACGCAUCAAGGGACCACGAAGACAGUUGCUGGCAAGUUAAGACUUUCUUCAAUGACCACACUUAUCCACGAGAGGAUAAAAACAGGGCAGCAAAUAGAAAUUGGGUUGCAGGUAAGUUGGUAAAAAAACUAAGGAAAUAUCCCAAUUUCAGGAACUGUGAGGCUACAACAUAUUUCAAGACGAAAUAUGACUUGUCGCUCAAUAGGAACUCUAUAUCACGGGCACUGUGUGAUGCUAGAAAUAUAGUCUAUGGGGAUGCCAAGGAGCAACAUGCUAUGCUUAGGGACUAUGGUGAAACACUAUUGAAAACAAACUCGGGAUCAACUGUUCAGAUAUGCACAAAGCCACAGCCUAGUGGUGAGGUCAUAUUUGAGAGGAUGUAUGUCUGCUUGAGUGGCUGCAAGUCAGGUUUCAAGGCUGGCUGUCGUCCGUUAAUUGGACUUGAUGGGGCUUUUCUAAAAACUAUUUUCGGGGGGCAAAUUCUAUCGGCUGUUGGACAAGAUGCUAAUCAUCAUGUCUAUGUCAUUGCCUGGGCAGUUGUGGAAGUGGAGAACUUUGAGAAUUGGAAGUGGUUUCUAGAGUUGCUACAUGAGGAUCUUGGAGACUACAAGACCCAUGGGUGGAACUUCAUCUCUGAUAUGCAAAAGGUAAUUUCUUACUGAAACCUUAAUCCUUACUCUCACAUAAGUUUAAAUGUGUAAAACUGUGUUAGCUUGAUGUAGUGCAUAUAGUGCAGUAUACUGCCAUAUUGUGAUGAUACCUAAGAUAUAAUUGUUUGAUACUUUGUGGUAUAUACUAUGGUGUGCUGUUAGUGUCUGCUGCUAUACUGUGAAUACUGCUCUGAUCUAAUUGUUUGAUUACGUACUAUACCAUGAUGGUGUGCUGUUAGGUACUAUUACGGUGAUCGAUUUUCAAAGUUAGGGAUUAUUAUGGUGAAGGAUUGGCAAAGUUAGGGACUAUUAUGGUUAUCGUUAUGCAAAGUUAGGGACUAUUAUGGUGAUCGAUUUUCAAAGUUAUGGACUAUUAUGGUAACAUAAUGCUUGAUAUCUUCAGGGAUUACUGCCUGCUAUGAAAGCCGUGAUGCCUAAUGUGGGACACCGAUUCUGUGUCUGGCACUUGUGGCGAAAUUUCAAUAAGCAGUGGAAGGACCUGGAGCUUAGGGGACUGUUAUGGGAGUGUGCUAGAGCUACAACAUUUCAAGAGUUUAAGGUACAUAAAGACCCUAAAAAUGCUAGUGCACAAGCAACUGCAACUGCCCAGGCCACCACAACUGACACUGCAACUGCCUCUGCAUCUGCCAGUGCCACUGCAACUGCUACUCCAAAUGCAACUACUACUGCUACAGCUACGGCUAAUGCUAAUAUUACCAUCAAUUCUGCUCCUAUUGGUCAAGCAUCAGAAAUUGAUCCGUCACAGCCAAUUUGUUCUGAACCAGAAGACUCUCAAAAGUUCACUGAAGUAACCGGGGAACCAGCCACAAGACCUGCCAAACUGCCUACUAGAAGAAGGUCACCUCCAACAACCCCUUCUACAGCACUAGACCCAAUGAAGGGUGCGAGUUCUGCCACUGCUUCACGAUUCACAAAUUUUCUGAAGUUUGUGCCGACUCCUGGAUUUAAGCACCCCCGAAAGAAGUGAACUUUCAUAUUAGGACAUUAGGACAUUUUGCUUGUCAAGUGUUUGUUUUUUGUUAAAAGAUACAGUGACUGCGCUCACUCUAAACAAUGGUUCAUUUUGUUGAUUACUAAUCAAGUAUGUCAUGCUACUUGUUCAAUUACUUAUGGUUGUAAUGUGUUAAAACUAUGAAUGGUUUGCCAUAUUUUGGUAUUGAUCAA